CCGCCGUGCUUAGAGCAAUAGAAGUGUAAUAUAACGCAGUUAUUGUAUGUAUUUUCAUUAGAAUUUUGUAACAAACUUAUAAGUUAAUUAUAAUAGUAUAGUUAGUAUAGAAUGAAAAUGGUUUAUUUGGAAAAUAGUUAUCGCGAUUUCAAAAUGGUAGAUGAAACAGAAACUUCAAUAAUUUCCGUAAGCUAUGGGGAAGUGUUUAUUACUGAAGAUAAGCCUUUAAAAUGGUGGAUCUCAUGCAACAAUUGUGAAAGUAAAUACGACGAUUUAGAUAAUUUUUUGAAUCAUGCUACUAAAGUGCAUCUAGAAAAACAAACGAACAUUCUUACAACUGAAAAUGAAAGUUUUCAAUGUGAUGAAAGGCAAAAUAAAAGCAUUGAGGAUGAAAAUAUUACUUAUCAACUAUUUUUAACUGACCAUGAAAGUUAUAAAGCGAAUAGUGAAGGAAAACUAGAUACAGAGAGUAAAACUGAAAAUGAAAUUGUAAUGGAAGAUAAGGAAAUAAAUGAAUCGGAACUUAAUAUUGAUACAAGAUCUAAUAGCUCAGAUAAUAAAUUGGGAAAUUCAAACUCGAAAACUAAAGCAAAUUCUAAUGCAAAACGGGAAAUAUAUCCAUGCCCGCAUUGUGAUAAAACAUAUACCGGAAAAAGGGCUCAAGGGGACCAUAUCAAAUCUCAUUUUCAAUUACAGGAAAUAUUUAAAUGUGAAGUGUGCGGUGUUACUACAACGAGAAAGCAUUAUUUAAAAAUACAUAUGCGAAUUCAUACUGGAGAAAAACCUUUUAAGUGCACCGUUUGUCCUAAAGCUUUCACCGCACAAAAUAAUCUUACAGUUCAUAUGAUGACGCAUACUGGAGAAAAAAAAUUUUCUUGUUCGUUUUGUGAGAAACCAUUUCGUACCAAAGCAGCUUGUGAUAUACAUCAAAGAACACAUACUGGUGAAAAACCAUUUCAAUGUGAUGCAUGCGGGAAAAAUGUAGCAAGUGCUUGCACUUUAGCGGUUCACAAAAAAUCAUGCCAUAAAAAGUCUCUUGAAAAGUCUAAUGUAAUUAAGGAAAAAUUCUGCCAAUUUGAUAGUAUGAGGACUAUUAAAAAAAAAACAAAAAGGAAAUCAGAAGAACAUCUAUUGAACAAGAAAUUUACUCAUAAAAAGAAAGAAAAAAAAUUUAUAUGUCAAUUUUGCUCUAAAAGUUUUGAUGAAAAAGGAUUAAAAAUGCACGCAAGAGUUCACGCGGAAACCAAGGAUUACAUGUGUAAUAUAUGUAGGGAAUAUUUUCGAACGUAUCAUAGCAUGACGUAUCAUCUGAAAAGCAGACAUGGCUGUUUAUCUAUGCCAAAUAUCAAUUACACAUUGAAAGCAAGGAGUGAUUAAAACGUUGUACAGUCCUUUUGUCUGCAUUCGAUUUCCAAAAGUUCAAACUUCAAACGUUGAAAUUCUCAUGCUAUUGUAUGAUAUUAUUUUUCAUAUUUGAAAAUCUGUCAAACUAGCAUAAUGAACUUUUAAGUUAAUCUAUGAAAAAGUAAAAAUCAAAAUAUUUUGACAAUCUCAAAAAUAAAAAAAAAACAAAUAAACCGUGACUUCAAUAAUGUGCUUACGAUGUCAAUUUUACAAAGUAUCAUAUUCCAAAAAGUAUAGCAAAAGCUCUUGACAUUGUACACUUUUCCUAAAUGCGUUUUAUGCGUAGUGGAGAUGUAAAAUAAAAAUAAAUCGGGUAUCGAAAAAAUCGAACACGCUUUUCUUAUACCUUGUCAUAUAAAUGUUGCCAGAAAUAACCGAUAAAAUAAACUAGCAUAUAUUUAUAGCAAUAAAGUUCUAGUUAUCAAGUUUAUUUUUCCUAAAAUGCAGCAUAAAAAUGCUAUGUUUUAAUAAUGUAACGUUUUAUAAAAAUGAGCGUUUGCACAGAACUUUAAAUUGAGAUUUUCAAAUAAACGUCAAAGUUGUAUUGGUAUGGUAAAAAUUAUAUUCCAAAAUGUACGAAAAGCUUUAUUACCAAUUAAAUAAACUGGCAUAUAUUUUCAAUAAAGUGCUAGUUAUUAAGUUUUUUUUCUUAAAAUAGCAUGUAAAAAUCCUAUGUUUUUAAUGAUGUGGUACCGUUUGUUGAAAAUUAACGAGCCUUAUUCUAGUUGUCGCGUCACUUACGUGACAUUUGUCGUUGUCGCUGUCACGUCACUUGAAAUGUGGUAUUCUAGUUGUCGAGUGACGUGACUGCGAGAAAUAAACGAAAAUGAAACGUUUCAAGUGAAAUUGAUACAUUUUAAAAAGAAAUUUUGGCGAGUAAAGUUCAAACUAAAAAAAAAAAUUCGGUGUAUAUAUUUAUAUUUUUAAUCCGAGGGAAAUAAAAAAUGUAAUUUGCAUUAUGGUUUAUGGAUUCAUCAGACUCCGAGAGUAAUGAAAUUGAAAAAAAAACAACAAUUAAGGAUCAAAAGAUUUAAGAUUAGGGACAGCUCUAUUGGAUUUGCCAAAUGGAGUGUUAUUUACAUUUACAUUUACAUUAUAACCGGAUGGGUUAUCAUAGCUUAAACGUUAUGUUGGUAUGUAUAACAUUGCUUGUUAAAUAUUUGUAAAUAUUUUAAUAUAAUGUGACUUAAAGGUUUGCGAUCAUAAAAUGCGCAUCAGGUAUGUGGAUACUAAUAAUCCGGGAUCAUCUCAUGAUUCCUUUAUUGAAAAUUACCUGAAAUUUACAUAAAUUAAUUAAAUUUUAAAUUAAACUUAUGUUAAAAUUACCUUCUGCCAUCCUGCAGUACUUCUAAUGGGCGGACCCAAGCUAUUAAGCUUUUCUGUUAGCUGGUUCCAUUUUGCAUCAAACUCGAAUUUGCUUAUGCGGCUAUUCUCAGCAAAUUUAAGGCCUUUCGCAAUAAAGGCGUUCUCCGUCGUAAAAUUUCCCAAUUCUUCAAAUUGCUUCCUUGUUGUUACUUUUAAGCUAAAAAUAAAAAUUAAAUUAUAUAUUAUAUGGUUUAAUUUAUGUAUUAAAUUACAAAAUUUAUUAUUUUUUAUAUUUUUAUUAUAUUUUUAUUAAAUUGUUUUGUUUAAACUUACAUUUUUGGUGUAUCCAUCUCGCUUGUCACUUGUUAAAUACAUUUCGACAAAAAACGUCGUUUCACUACGACAUGUGUCGCUCUACAACGACAACUGGAAUAUACCUGAAACACAUUUUCCCGCUAUUCCACGACACGUGUCACUGUAAUCGCCAUUUAGAAUAUCAAAUUCAAGUCGUGACGACAAUUGUCGCUCUACUUCGACAACUAGAAUAGGGCUCAACAUUUGCACAAAACUUUAAAUUGAAAUUUUCACACGCGUCAAUGUAUCCGUGACUUCAAUAAUGUGCUUACGGCGUAAACUUUAUAAAGCAUAACAUUCCAAAAAGUAUAGCAAAAGCUCUUGACAUUGUACACUUUUCCAAAAUGCGUUCUAUACGUAGUGGAUACGUAAAAUAAACGUGAAUCGGGUAUCGAAAAAAUCGAGCACGCUUUUCUUAUAUCUUGCCAUAUAAAUGUUGCCAGAAAUAACCGAUAAAAUAAACUAGCAUAUAUUUAUAGCAAUAAAGUUCUAGUUAUCAAUUUUUUUUUCCUAAAAUGCAGCAUAAAAAUGCUAUGUUUUUAAUGAUGUGGUAACGGUUUAUAAAAAUUAACAUUAAUUGCACAGAACUUUAAAUUGAAAUUUUCAAAUCAAACAUCAAAGUUGUAUUGAUUUGGUAAAAAUUAUUCCAAAAUGUACGGCAAGCUUUAGUAGCUCUGAGGUGGUACUACAACCGUAUUAAAAAAGUGCUUAAAUCUUUUUUAAAGCAUUAUUGAAGUCACGGAAAUUGUGUACAAAAACUUUCACCAGUUUAUCAGAUAUUAGGUAUAGAAUUGUUUAUUUAAGUGUUAUACUAAUCAACUGUCUAACAAGUCCCAAUGCUCAGAGAGAAACUUGAAAGCACGACCUUAUUUUAUAUGGGUUUUUUUUUAAAUCGAAGUGGCUAUUUUUUGAGAAGAAAUAUUAAAAUAAAUUCACACUUAUUAUAAAGCAGGUAAAAUUUCGAAAAUAUAUUUGAAAAAUCAAGAAAAUAUAUUAAUAUUUUCAUUCAUAAUUAUUUUAAAAUUCUUAAAACAGCGGAAAAACAACAAGCACAACCUUCGCCUUCAACGUUUUAUAUGUUACUGAAAGCAUUUCAUUAUUUUUAAGUGAACAGCUUUUUUUUCUCAUAGGGUAAGUUAACUCAAGAUAUGGGAAGUAACUGUGGUGUCAAGUUGAAAAUAUAAUUAAUGAAAGAUAAUUAUUAAAUAUUGAUACGAAUACACAGUAAAGAAAAAAUUUGAAGAGGGAAUUAGAAAAUAAUAUCUAAAAUACAAUCAAAUAUUAUUUUUUAAAUACAAAUUUUGUAUACACUUCUAAAUUUUACCUCUAUUUUUCAGAAAAUUUUUUAAAACUUAAUGUAUUACCUAGGUAAAAAAUUAUUUAAAAGGUUUUGGAAAAGCCAAUAGUGUAUUGCUAUAACCGGAUUCGAAUAUCUUUUUUAUUUUUGAAAUAAAUGGUAUUUUACCAAAUGACUCAAAAACUUCGAUUGUAAAAUGACAGGUAGUAGGUAUUGAUAUCCGUAAAUUUUUGUCCGUUUGAGUUUAUUAAGAUUCAUACACAGGCAGGGCCAUUUUAUAAAUAGAUUGCUCUUGUUUACCUGCUCAUAAAAUAUGAAAGAAGAGCACAACAAAAUUUUUGAAGCACUCAAUAUAUCAUGUUUGAAAUAGUUUUAAAAUAAUUAUUUAAAAAAAAAAUUGGUUGAAAGUAGGUACAUACAUAAACUUAAAAACUAACUGAAAUUAUUUGAAACAAUUUUAUAAGUAACGUAUAAAUAACCGAAAUGAGAUAAUUCAAAUUGUUGAAAUGUGUCAACCUAUGUUACUUUUACUAACAUUUUUGUUAGCCGACACUACUCAACUUUGCAUGUAAACUAGCGUUUAUCGUAUUAUGAAAAAUUUAUUUUAGGGAUUUCCCGAUAGAUUUUAUCGGCUAAUUUUAAGUAUACGAUAGCACACUAUAGUGAUUUUACAAGUCGUUUUUCAGUAAUUAAAAUAAAAAAAAUGUAAGUAUUAUUA